UUCUACCUUCUCUUCAAAGUUCAAACUCAAACACAAACCAUCACCACCAGAAUUUCAAAAUCUCGCUCGCAGUUGGUGGCGGCAAAACGCCAUGGCGAAGUUGCUUGCCUUAACGUGCAUCCGAAACAAGGUAUGGCAUGACCUCUCACCGCAACCUCACUACCCCUCCAUGCCCCGCUACCCCAAGGGUGAUGCCGCUGCCUCCUCCUCCGUCGAGGGCUCUGAACUCACCGCCCUUUUCUCCGUCCUCGGCAUGACCUGCUCCGCCUGCGCUGGAUCCGUCGAAAAAGCCAUCAAACGCCUCCCUGGAAUCCUCGAAGCCGUCGUCGACGUCCUCAACAACCGUGCACGUGUCCUCUUCUACCCCUCCUUCGUCAACGAAGAGGCGAUUCGUGAGGCAAUUGAAGAUGCUGGAUUCGAAGCGAUGCUGCUUACGGACUCCACCAUGAAUGAUAAGAAUUCUGUUCAUGUUUGCCGCAUCCAGAUCAAAGGAAUGACAUGCACUUCAUGCUCCUCCACCGUUGAAUCUGCUCUGGAAGCGGUAAACGGCGUCGUGAAGGCGCGAGUUGCGUUGGCGACGGAAGAAGCUGAAGUUCAUUACAUCCCUAACAUCAUCAGCUACCACCAGAUCUUGGAAGCCGUCGGAGAAACUGGAUUUGAAGCAGCGCUUAUCAGUUCGAGCGAAGAUCUCAGCAAGAUUGAUCUCUUAAUCGAAGGUGAAGAAGCUCUCACUCAACAUUCCAUGAAAAUCGUUGAAGAUUCUCUUAGAGCACUCCCAGGGGUUUUGGAUGUAGACAUCAAUUUCGAAUUGAGCAAAAUCUCGGUUUCGUAUAAAUCAGACCUGACAGGACCUAGGAACUUCAUCAAUGUGAUUAACGAAACCGGUUUCGGGAAUUUGAAGGCCAGGAUUUUCCCUGAAGAAGGAGGAAGAAGGGAUGCUCAUAGAAAGGAAGAGAUUAAACGGUAUUAUAAAUCUUUCUUGUGGAGUUUGGUGUUUACUGUUCCUGUGUUUCUAACCUCCAUGGUGCUCAUGUAUAUCCCUGGAAUUAAGCAUGUUUUGGAUGCCAAGGUUGUGAAUAUGCUUACUGUGGGGGAGGUUGUGAGAUGGGUGCUUUCUACACCUGUGCAGUUUGUUCUAGGCUGGAGAUUUUACUCCGGUUCUUACAAAGCGUUGCGCCGUGGCUCUGCCAACAUGGAUGUUUUGAUUGCAUUGGGAACAAAUGCAGCCUACUUUUACUCUGUUUACUCUGUUCUGAGAGCUGCUACCUCUAAAAAAUUCGAGGGUACUGAUUUCUUUGAGACCAGUGCGAUGCUUAUUUCGUUCAUUAUUCUCGGGAAGUAUCUUGAGAUUUUGGCCAAGGGGAAGACAUCAAAUGCAAUUGCCAAGCUCAUGAACUUGACCCCGGACACCGCUGUAUUACUGACCCUGGAUGGUGAAGGGAAUGUUGUUGGGGAGGAAGAAAUUGAUAGCAGGUUGGUUCAGAAGAAUGAUGUGAUUAGAGUUGUUCCUGGUGCGAAGGUAGCUUCAGAUGGGUUUGUUAUGUGGGGGCAGAGUCAUGUGAAUGAGAGUAUGAUAACAGGAGAGGCGCGUCCCGUGGCAAAGAGGAAGGGUGACACUGUUAUUGGAGGAACUGUGAAUGAGAAUGGAGUGUUGCACAUUAAGGCAACAAGGGUUGGAUCGGAAAGUGCUCUUUCACAGAUUGUUCGGCUUGUUGAGUCGGCACAAAUGGCCAAGGCUCCUGUGCAGAAGUUUGCUGAUCGCAUUUCAAAAUACUUUGUGCCUCUGGUUAUCUUAAUCUCACUGACAACUUGGCUUGCCUGGUUUUUGGCUGGAAGAUUCCAUGCUUACCCCAAAUCUUGGAUACCAUCUUCCAUGGACAGCUUUGAGCUUGCUUUGCAGUUUGGAAUCUCUGUCAUGGUCAUAGCCUGCCCUUGUGCUUUAGGUUUAGCGACACCGACUGCUGUCAUGGUUGGCACUGGAGUUGGUGCAUCUCAGGGUGUACUGAUCAAAGGAGGGCAAGCAUUAGAGAGUGCACAUAAGGUGAACUGCAUUGUUUUUGACAAGACGGGUACUCUCACUAUUGGGAAACCUGUGAUAGUAAGUACAAAACUGCUGAAAAAAUUGGUACUCAGGGAAUUCUAUGAACUUGUGGCUGCAGCUGAGGUGAAUAGUGAGCAUCCCCUGGCUAAGGCCAUUGUUGAGUAUGCCAAAAGAUUCAGAGAUGAAGAGAACCCUUCUUGGCCGGAAGCACAACAUUUUGUUUCUGUUACUGGACAUGGAGUAAAGGCAACUGUUCGGAACAAGGAAAUAAUUGUGGGUAACAAGAGCUUGUUUGCUGACAACAAUAUUGAGAUUCCUGGUAUUGCUGAAGAUAUGCUUGCUGAAGCAGAAAGUAUGGCUCAAACGGGAAUUUUAGUAUCUAUAAAUGGGGAAGUUGCUGGGGUUUUAGCAGUAUCUGAUCCACUGAAACCAGGUGCUCAAGAAGUCAUUUCUAUUCUCAAGUCCAUGAAUAUUAAGAGCAUCAUGGUGACUGGGGACAACUGGGGAACUGCUAAUUCUAUUGCGAGAGAAGUUGGAAUUGAAAGUGUUAUUGCUGAGGCCAAACCAGAGCAGAAAGCAGAGAAAGUGAAAGAAUUGCAGGCUUCUGGGAACACGGUUGCUAUGGUGGGGGACGGUAUCAACGAUUCACCGGCACUUGUGGCGGCGGAUGUGGGAAUGGCAAUAGGUGCUGGCACAGACAUUGCUAUUGAGGCAGCUGAUAUUGUCCUCAUGAAGAGCAACUUGGAGGAUGUGAUAACUGCCAUUGAUCUUUCAAGAAAAACAUUUUCACGUAUACACCUGAAUUACUUUUGGGCUUUCGGUUAUAAUUUGCUUGGCAUCCCAAUCGCUGCUGGAGUUCUUUUCCCUUCUACUGGGUUCCGUUUGCCACCUUGGAUUGCUGGUGCUGCUAUGGCUGCCUCUUCUGUCAGUGUUGUUUGCUGUUCUCUUUUGUUGAAAUAUUACAAGAGACCAAGGAUGCUGGAAAACCUUGAUAUACGGGGCAUAAGAAUCGAGUCAUCCAGUGGUAUGAUACAAGACAAUUAGGGGUUUUCAUUUAGCUGUGAAUAUGCUGCUAGGUGUCCAGGGAUUGGUACAUUUUGUUCUUAGUUAAUGUUAUGCGAGUAGCCGUGUAGGUAGUAGAAAAAUGUUAUGCGUGUAGGCACUAGGUUGUAGAAAAAUAAAGUUUUUUUAGAUAAGCAGUAGAAAAAUAAAGUGAUCACGAAUGUAUCUAAAUUGUAUAUAGUUUUUUUUUUAAAUUGUAUAUUGUAAUAAGUAUUAUUGUGAUAAUUAAAAAAAGUGUGAAUGUAUUAAAUUUUGUAGAGCUGUCAA